UGUCAAGUGGCCCGCGCGCGCGAAUACACCGACCGGUCCACGAAUGCUGCUGCAGUGCGUGCCGUGCAAGAAAAAAUUAUGUAAGCGAGACUGAAAAAAAUUCAGAAGAGUUUAUUUUUGUGCCGUGCAAGCCGAACAAGUUGUCUACAUGUAAAACUAGUGGUUUGAGGUUUUUCUUCUCUUUUCUGCGGGAUCUGUGAAGUUUGCUGUGAGCGAAACAUGGGCGAUAUUUUGCGCAUUCAGAUAUUCUUCACUGUAUUAACCCUUCUCAUCCUCCUUCAAUGGUCAACAGAGGGCGCUGUGAUGGCCCCGCCUUGGGCCAACCCGAAAUUGAACCCAUGCGCAACGCAACCCAACGGCUGGCAAUUGUUAUUUUGGCCGCCCGACGGAAAAUGUUACAAAAUAUUUCAGAUAGGAUAUCCAUGUCCGGAUGGAAUGGAACUAAGUCCGGCCGCGGACAAAUCCGGACAAGAAUUUUCGGCCGAAUGCCGAUGUCCGCCGAAGACGGCCCAAUCGGCCAGGGACGGACUCUGCUAUGAAGUUUAUUCGCUUGGCCCGUGCGAUAAAGGGUACUACUUCGCCCCUGAUACGCACUACGUCAAUAAAGAUUCAAAAAGAAAAUGGGGCGUCUGCAAACAACUGAAAUUGUGCUCUAACCCUUCGGAAAUCUACUGGCCACAAGACGGAAAAUGCUACAAAAAACUGACAAAAGGUCCCUGCAUCAAGGGCCAGUUGCUCUAUAGUAGCGCACCGGACAAAAUACCAGUGUGUAAAUGCGGAAAGCAACGAGAAUUAAGGGAGUUUCGUUUCGAUAACGGUCAAUGUUACCAACAUUACACCAGGGGCCCCUGUCUGGAACAAGGUCAUUUGUUUUUGCCAGACAGAUCCUGCGGAUGUCACAGUUUUUUGCCGCAUUUCCAUAAUAGAACUCAGCAGUGCUACGAACUAGGCUCCAUUGGUCCCUGUUCAACUGGCGAAAUAUUCGACUUAAACCACGAAACGCGCCGAGGAUCUUGCAACUGCAAACCGGGAUACAUCCGCUACCGAGACUCGACGUGUCACCGACCCUACACUCAGGGUCCCUGCCCCGCAAAACACAUCCUAGCGAACACGACGGACUGCAUGCCGCAGCCGUGCUCCAAAGGACACCUGUUCCACCCCGCGGACAACCAGUGCUACCGGAUAGGGACGCGCGGUCCGUGCCAGGACGGCAAGAUAGUGACGUUCGACUUCAACACGCGGCCCUCGAUAGACGGCGUGUCGCACAACGGCGUGUGCGCGUGCGAGCGCAGGGACUGCCGCGGCGGCGCCGCGCAGCAGCCGUGCGACGGCUCCAGGGCGCACGUGCGCUACGACGGCGCGUGCCACAAGCUGUACGCGCAGGGCCCGUGCCCCAAGGGCUCGUGGAUGGUGCCCAAGCGCCGCAAGGGGCGCGGGGAGGGGCUGUGGACGGACGGCGAGAAGCAGGGCGCGUGCGAGUGCUCGCCGGGCUACAGCCGAGUGCAAAGGACCGUCAAGAAUAGAAACGUGACGCUGUGCAUGUCUCCAACUGUGAUUUUAGCCAAUUAUUUAAACGGUGGUAAUAACAAUAACUACACGAUCGCUCAAGUUAUUUCCGUGUAGUCUAUGUCGAUGAUGAUAAUAAAUAGUUUUAAGACUGAAAUUUGUGUACCUACUUACCUUAUUUUUUUCCUCAAUUCGUUUAUUUCGCUUUCCAGGCAUGUUAUAUUUUUGUUUUUGCAUUUAAGUUGUUCUUCCAGAGAUGCUAUUCGUUCGGUUUUUUCGUCCAAAGAGUUC